UUCAUUUGGCAGCUAGCACGGAUCUUUGUGUUUAUGAGAUCAUCAUCAUCAUCAUCAUCUCAACUAUGAACUGGGACAAUCAGCUGAGCUCCAUCCUUUCUGCUGCAGAUGGCAGUGUUGCAAAGAUGAGGGAAAGGCUGACCUCAACAGGGAAAUUCACUAAAGGAGAAGACUUGUUUCCAGUAAGGGAGCGGAUGCAUGAUUCAGAUCUGGACCCUCCUACUCUUCCCCCUCGAGCCCCUCUUUCCCGUCAGCCUUCUUCUCCUACACCUGGUGUGCAGUGGGCAGACCUAGCUGCCAUCCAGUCACAGCUCCAGAUACAGAGCCAGGCAAUUGAUUCUCUGACCCAAAAAUACCGUGACAUGGAAAGAGAGAGACAGUCACAACAGUGUCACAUUCAGAUGCUACAAGAGGAAAUUCACAGACUGCGUGAGGAGCUUAGGGAGAGGGAAAGAGAGAGGGACAAUUUAAGGGUUGAACAAAGUCCGGGAGCUGAGAGAAGGAUGGAGCAAUGGAGGAGAGAGGUUGGACGUGAGCUGAGCAGUUUGCGGGGAGACAUCUCCAGAGCCACAUCACUAGGCAACCUGGAAGAGAGGUUUAGCUCUAAGCUUCGGCGUGAAGAGCUUGAAAACCUACAGAAAGAGGUGGACCAGCUGAAAACACGACUACGAAGACAGGAGGAGAACACGUUCCACCAGCAGGCCGAGUCCAGAGAGAGCAGGAGACAGUACGAACGCAGCUGCAAGACACUGGAGGAGCUGACAGACAGCUACAGAACUCACAGCACUGAUCUAGCCAAAACUGUGUCUCAGUAUUCACACACACAGCAGGAGGUCCGUCAGAUCAGAACAGCUGUUUCAGAAUUGCAGGAGGAGGUCAGGAAUCUUCUGCUUCAAGAACACGAGCAAGCACCUCUUCUGUCAGCACACACAUCAGAAGCUUCACCACUUCCUCGCAGCCGUAGCCGAGGGGUCAGAAUUGAAAAAACAGACUCUGACUCGGAAGAUUUUAGCCCAACCCCAAGCCUCGCAGAGGUCAGCUCCGAUGAUCUCUCGUGGCUGGAAGACAAGGAACCUGCUCCUCAUCAGAAGCCGCGAGUGCGUCUUAGCAUUCAGUCCAGACGGAGUCACUUUGCUGGUUUGGGGUCUGAUCUGGAGGAGGAUGAUGAGAAUGACGCUGAUCCUGAUGAUCUCCUCAGUGGUGGUGACGAGGAUGAGGGCGACGACGACGACGACCUGAGUCUUGAUGACCUCUAACAUGUCAUUAGAGACUUUUUCUCCCAGCAGUGAAUGUAUUACAUUUUUAAUAUUUAUUUGACAGUAUCACUAAUUUUUAAGAGUUGCAAGCUUGUGAAACUCAAAACAUAGAAGUAGCCAGGAAAAGACAAACAUAUGGCUUAUUUCCUAUGUAGUCUCGGGGGAAUGUGAAAACAAACAGAGGGGCAGCAACAGUUCAGACUUGGCAUCCUCUGUGGAGUAUUACUGCUGGUUAACUGACCUGAUUAGACCUGUAUGUUUAUGCCUGUGGGGAAAUUUCUGUAAGUGCGGGAAAUUCUCAAAUGCUAUUUAUAAACUGUUACCACAACCAUUAGGGCCUCGGCACAGAUUUGCACAGGGUCAGACUCAUUUGCAUUUAUUAUUGAUUUCGUGUGUAUUCAAAUGCGGGGUCCCUUGUAGCACCCUGAUCACAGAGUGCUGAAACAAAGCCACCAAAGAUUCAGCAAAUGAUAACUCAUUUGCUUGUUUGAAAAGUCGUCACUAAAGUCUGUUUCUCAGUCCAGUGUGUGACAUCUGCUAAAGGCUUACAAUUUCAAACUGCUGACUCGUGUUUUAGGUCUUUUGCUGAGCACUGUGAUGACUGCAGUUUCUCUCGAAAUGAUCCACAGUAACUGUGUCCACACGUCUGCAGUGGUUGAUUGGAGCAAACUGAAGAGGCAAGCAGCUGUUGCUCCAAGGUUUUUCUUGGAGCUUCUCAUUCAGAGUUUAAAGGUGCAGCUUUGUGCCAGCAGGCAUUUUUUUCACCACAGGCACAGCUUUUCACUGCAAAUCUGACUGUGCCUAAACCUUAGGCCCAAAACUGAAAGUCAGUCGCCAGCCAGAGGAUAUAAUGUUUUCAUUGUUGCCACACCCUCUGCACCCGUGUUGUGCCCUUCUGAUGAUAGAUGAUGGCUCCUUCCAGGAUUAUUGGUAGAAACACUGCGAUUGGCCUGCUAAACCACAAGGAUUGGUUUUAAGCAAGGCGGGAUUUAAAUAGUUAUGUUUAGGUUUGUUAUGAUUACAGAUUUUCAGGGUUAGGUAGCAUUUGAUGUGGUCAAGUUUUGGACAGAACUUUCCUUCUAACUAAAGUAAAAUCCACAAGGACACCAUUCAUCAGUGUGCGUUUGAUUUGCAAAGAAACAUACACUUUGCGUAAAGCCGGUAUUUUUUAAAUUAACAAACGAAUUUAACUUUAAUAAUGUUCUCUUAGAAGUUUGAUCACUCGAGCGUGAUCGUCAUGUUUGGAGUUCUGGUGAUCAUGCACUAUACGCAGUGCUACACAUUUCAGCGUAGCAGGAUUAAUGGGUAUUUAAUGGGUUUCUCUUCCUCACAUAAUGGACUCCUAGGUCCAGAAGUGUUCUGCUGAGGGAUGAGCUUUUGAUUCCUGGUAAUGCAGCUAAAGUGAGGGCAUGGAGAGUGUAAUGCAGACACUACCUCACUGCUUCUGUGAUCUCUUCAUAUACAUUUCAGGACAGUAAAGACCAUUAAGAGUGGCUCUAUGCUGUGGAGCUGUUAAAUAUUUCACCACGCUGACAUCCACCACCAAGGAUCCUAGCUUCACAGUGCAGAGCUGUGGCAGGAGUUUAGGGGCAGCUGGGCGUGGAUAUGGAGACUUUAAGUCACCAACCAGUUCCUCAAACAGAACUGAUUCAGAAAGUGCCGUAGGCAAAACAGUAUUUAUACAAAUCCUCUGUAAGUCGUGUUUCUUGUAUAGCUGUUAAUAUUGUGGUUAAAGAGUCAUUUAUAUAGAAAGAGCUUGUGUAUUUGUUACUGUGGCCACAAAAUAGCUGAUGAAUCAGACCUUUCUACUGCAGUUAUAAUGUAUUUGCCAAGUAUUGUGCAAUGGUGCUGCAGAGAAGCAGUGCACUUAUUCAUUCACCGAAAGUCUGUUAAAGAAAUGUUUUGUGUUCUUUGUCUUCAACAAUAAAAGACUGUGUUAAAGUUAAA